AAGUCUCCGUUACGAGCAUCUUAAUGGAGAAAAGAGAAUUCGACCAAAAGUCGAUAAUGCAUUUUUUUUUGACUUAUCUAGGGUAUUGGGUGAUGAGAGUGUUAUUAGAACCAUGUGUGAACCUGUUGAUUGCCGUUCGAAGUGGAAAUUACAAGGCUAGAAACGCAUCCUGGAGCCGAAUGGUACCACUAUUUUUUGCACAUAACAGACGAAAAUAUGCAAAGCUAGGAGCAAGAAAUUUAGCCGAUCUUCAGACAAUGCCACAACAGCUCAGUCAUCAUCUAGAAAAAUCAUUUGUCGUAAAACGUACUGAUCGUCCAUUUUCCAGCAUUCCAGUGGACCAAGCAUUAGAAUGUAGUAUUAAUCGAUUAGGUAAAGGAAGAAAUGGUGUGUCUGGUAAAUUCAGUAGUCAAGGUAUCGAUCGCUUUUGUCAAACUCUACUAUUUCGAAUAAUGAUCUAUUCCGUCAUCAAUGACAUUGUCGAAAUCGAGACUAAUAACAAUGAUGGGCAUAUAGAGUGUCAACAGAAUAGAUUAGAACUGGAUAACCGAGAUUUACAAGUAUUAGUUAAUAAAUUAGAUGACGAGAAAAUAUUCCAUAACGAUAAAAAAGAUUUGACUGAACUGUUCUCUGGUAAAGUUAUUCAUGCGGCAAUCGUCAAUGAUAUUUGUUCCACUUUCGAUCGUGGUGAAUUGGAACUCAAAAAGUUUAUAAUAGAGCGACUAGUUGAUAGAACGGUUGAUAUUGAUGCUAAAAUGGAAACAAUGAAAACUUUAAAGUUAAUUGACAAUGAUACGUACGGACUCACCAAACCAAAACUGCAGAAAAAAGUAACUGUUCACGGUCAAGAUAAGCUUUCAUUAAGCGCCAGUGUAGUAAAUCAUAUUGAUACUGGCACUUAA